AUGGGCUUCCGGUAUACCUUUGGGAUUGCCCUUUUCGCAGCAAUCGGGACAUUUCUCUUCUUAUAUGAAACACCCAUCCAAUGGACUCACAGGCGCCGUAAGUCUGCAGAUACAGUCUAUCCCGAUCAGUAUCGUGCCACUGACAAGAACAAAAAGGUUGUUGCUGUGUAUAUAGCAGGGGAGGCUGUUGGUGCCCUUACUCAGACCUUCAUUGGCGACAAACUUGGGCACAUUCGGUUCAUGCAGUUCAUGUGUGUGGUGGUCACCGUUGGGACAUCCAUACAAACAGCUUCUGUGAAUAUUGGAAUGUUCCUUGCCGGGCGUGCUUUGGCAGGCUAUGCUGUAGGCGGGCUAGUUGGCACUGUUCCCAUAUACCUCAGUGAAGUUUCUGCACCGCAUCAAAGGGGGCUUAUUGGCGGUAUAUCUGGUUGUGGUAUUGCAUUGGGAACUAUGAUGUCUAACUGGGUGGGCUUUGCGUGUUCCUAUGCCCCUUAUGGUCCAGUGCAAUGGCGUCUCCCUCUCAGCAUCCAGAUCCCCUGGGGAAUAAUCUUGUUCAUCGGCCUUGCUACCUUCAUGCCAAACUCCCCUCGUCAACUCCUGAGAAUUGGCAUGGUGGAUGAGGCGCGUGCUGCUUUCCUGAAGAUUCGCCGUGAUUACGACUUAAAUGAGUCUAUCGAGGAAUUUACAUUGAUGAAGGCACAGAUCGAGUACGAGAUGAGGAGAGAAGUUACUUCCAUCCGUGAGGUCUUCAACCUGUUCAAAAAUCGAGCUCUUGUCUCCAUUGCCGUUCAGACUAUGACUAGUCUCACUGGUGUCAAUGUCAUCCAGUACUAUCAGACUGCUGUGUAUGGCACCGUUGCUUUUCUCUCAAAUUUUAUCACCACUUUAUACCUUACCGAUCAAUGGGGCCGCCGGAAGAUGAUUCUCUCAGGCUUAUCUGGGGUUAUCUUGGUAGAAAUAUACGCUGCAGUCAUGCAACGGACAUUUCAAAACACAAACAACCAAGUUGGAAAGGGGUUUUCCAUCCUGGGAAUCUACCUCUUCGUUGUCAAUUAUUGUAAGAGCCCAAAUCAAAUUUACAUCUUAGACAUACUUGAUACUAAAGGUUCUCGGUUAGAUGGCAUGCUUAACAGCACCACCUGGCUAUAUGGAGCGGAGGUCCUACCUGUGUCCCUUAGAAGCAAAGUGAUGGGUCUUGCUUCUGCCUCUCACUUUAUAGUUAAUGUUGGCAUUACUGAGGCUGGCCCAAGUGCUUUUGCAAAUAUUAAAGAAAAUUAUUACUACGUUUUUGUUGCCUGCACUCUGUUUUUUCUCAUUGUUGGAUAUUUCUACUUUCCAGAAACCAAACACAAAUCUCUCGAGGAAAUCGCAACAUCAUUUGGUGAUAAGGUUGUGGGUGUUUCUGGUAGUGACUUUGAGACCGAACGAGAAGUAAUGGCGAAACAACCGGCUAUCCAACAUGUCGAGGCGCACUCUACCGCAUCGACAACCGUCUAA